AUGACUUCUAACCGUAGUCUUUGUAGACUUCCACCUCACCUUGCACUCGAACCAAAACAACUACGAAAACUCAAAGAAUACCCGCGCCAGCCGAUAACCACUACUCAUGGGCUACUAAGCAGAACGGAGCUAGAGUUGGUCGAGUGUUGCGACUGGAGCUAUGAAACUGCCCGAAUAAUACAACGAAAAUGCGCACAAUGGAUUGCGCCGAAAAGUAUCAGGGUGCGCGAAAUGCUAGGUAACCCAGGCACCGACAGCAAUGCAAAGAAACUAUCACCUUCGUUCUUCACUACCACACUUGUAAACUUAGACUCUGCGCUGGGUGGUGGAAUUCAUUGCGCGUCACUCACGGAAAUUGUUGGACCACCACGCUGUGGAAAAACACAAUUUUGUUUGACGCUCUCUGUGCAGGCUACCUUACCUAUCGAGAUGGCUGGGUUAGAUGGUGGUGUGUGUUUUAUUGAUACUGAAGGCUCGUUAUCGGCUGAUAGAUUGGUAGAAAUUGCGGAAACGCGAUAUCCACAGUAUUUUUCCCGUAGAAAUCCGAAAGGGCAACGUAACUUGGACAAAAUGAAAAAUUCUAUUCACAUUCUCAAUGUUAAAUCUUCAAGGGACAUGUUGGAACGCCUAAAAAAUCUUCAAGAGUUUAUCAUCAUGAAAAAAAUCCGUAUGGUCGUAAUAGACUCGAUCGGAUCACUGGUGAUGAAAGAGUAUAAGAUCUUUGGGGGGAGUAGUGGUAGUAAUGGUUUCUUUAACGGGCAAAGUAAUUCUGAGCUUCUGGUCGAGAGGAACAAUUUGCUGGUUGAGGAGGCAAAACAUCUAAAAUUCCUGGCCGAAUCAUUUCACAUUCCUAUAAUAGUGACAAAUCAAUUAUUAAUGAACAGGUACAAUACAGGCGCAUCAUCAUCGCUGUUAUUACCAUCUUAUAAACGAGCACAAACAUACGAUCGAGAUUCCUCAGCAGUGAUGGUCACAGCCGCACUAGGAAACACUUGGGCACAUUCAGUCACCACACGACUCAUCAUUGAGUUUUGUCAUAAUGACCUGUUGAAAAUGAUGACUUCUUCAUAUACGUCACCAUCGUCGUCGUCAAUCUUAUCAUCAUCCAUUAAGAAUAUCUUUCGGAUAAAAAUUGCAAAGUCAUCGAUUGCACCGAAUUUUGCAUUUUAUUAUUAUAUAAGUAGUCAAGGAGUCAUGGAACAUGAUCCACCGUUGUUUGUUAAUAACGAGACGACUUCCACAGAGAAUACAAAAACAAUGCCAACCGGAACGAAAACCACGACAAUCACAGACAAGGGCAAAAAGUAUAAUGAGAUCAAUAUUGAUAAAGAGAAUACAUUAACGACAGGAACACUUCGAAGAAAGCGAAAGUCUAGAGAAAAGGAACAAAUCGCGGAUUGGUUUAUAAAAGAACUAUGGUCUUUAUAA